CUGUCACAUUUCAUUUUCGCUCGCAUGUAAACAAAGACGGAUGUCGCGACCGAAGAAGACUGCGUGAACUCGCGAAAAACCCAAACAAACCUGCCCAGCCACAACAAAAAAAUCGGCCACUGCGUUUUCCGCGUCCACGUGUUCCGGUGCGGGUGCGAAAAUCCGAGACGCGUUCGCAAAAUCGUCUUGUUAUAACCUCAAUGCGUUGUUUGUGUGCGGCCAGUUAAUUAAACAAACACGAAAUGGGCAAGGCGGAACAAAUAAACGACAACGUGCCGGGACUGUCGCCCCAGAAUGAGGCCAGCAAACUCCUGGAACAGGCACUAAUGCAGAUGGACGGCAUAAUAUCAGGCAACAGCGGCUCGUUGUCGGCCCACUCUCCGGACUACGGUUUCGGGUCGUCGCCGCCCGGAGUGCGGGAGGCGGCCCAAAACCUGGUGGCCGCCAUACAGAACACGGCGGCGCCUCCGCCGCCCGAUCCGGCCGUCGCCAAAAUCAUUCUGCACUGGAUACAAGAGGUGGAGUGGAUAAUUUGAUUUAUUUCAAAAUUCAGUAUAACGACCAAAACUAGUUUUAAUAAUUAAUGUAAAAUUAUACAUAAGUUAAACUCAAAAUUAAGGAAUGAAUAAUAAACACAUCAUCCAUAGUUCUCCAAGAGUUUUAGCAAGCUCUUUCAAAUUUUGUGGUUGAUUGGUCAUUAUUAUAGCAACUUUACUACUAUAU